UCAAGACUCCUCUCUGAAACCCUGCCCACAUUUUUAUUGUUUGCUCGGCAGAUGACAUCACGCCUUUAAAUAUUCCCGUUGCUUUUUCUUUCCUCCCGUCCUCCUCUCUUCAUCCUACUCCAGCACUCAAGCAAUCAAAAAGACUGAAGAGUCAAAGGGAUCAACAAUGGUUUUAUAGCUGUUCUGUAACAUCGAGGAAAGCGUUCAGUUUUGUAGACGGGCUGCACCAAUAGCACAUUGCUAUCUUUGUGGUUUACUUUCUCCUCCCAGCACCCUUGUGUGAGAAUUGCAGCGAUUGUCCAGCUGGUCACUAGCCUAGGAAAAGCUGUUAUUCGAAUACUGCGUGGAAAGGGGGUGGUGGAGAGCGAGUAGGCUGAAGUUACCAGUUUGUUGGAAAAUAAUACAUAUUUAGUUUGGAACAUUUUUAAGUUUAGUUCACAAUGGCCCUGUCUGUACCCCAGAAUGGAAUCAAGGCGGAUAACGAGCCCGUUAUCGAGCUCUUUGUGAAGGCGGGAAGUGAUGGCGAGAGCAUUGGGAACUGUCCAUUCUCCCAGAGACUCUUCAUGAUCCUGUGGCUGAAGGGAGUGGUCUUCAACGUCACCACAGUGGACCUGAAGAGGAAGCCUGCAGACCUCCAGAACCUGGCCCCAGGCACACACCCUCCCUUCAUCACCUUCAACGGGGAGGUCAAGACAGACGUCAACAAGAUAGAGGAGUUCUUGGAGGAUGUCCUCAGCCCACCCAAGUUCACCAAGCUUGGCGCCAGACACCCUGAGUCCAACACUGCUGGGAUGGACAUCUUUGCCAAGUUCUCAGCCUUCAUCAAAAACUCAAAACCCGAUGCCAACGAAGGUCUGGAGCGUGGGCUUUUGAAGACCCUGCAGAAGCUGGAUGAGUACCUGCGCUCCCCACUGCCUGACGAGAUCGACCACAACAGCAUUGAGGACGUCAAGAUCUCCACUCGCAAGUUCCUGGACGGUGACGAGAUGACACUGGCUGACUGCAACCUCCUGCCCAAGCUGCACAUCGUCAAGGUGGUGACCAAGAAGUACAGAGGCUUUGACAUCCCCAAGGACAUGACGGGCAUCUGGCAAUACUUGCAGAACGCCUACACGCACGAGGAGUUCACCAACACCUGCCCCAGCGACAAAGAGAUCGAGAUCGCCUACCAAGAUGUGGCCAAGAGGCUGGUCAAAUAGGCCCGUCCCACCUCCACACCCUCCUCCCCCACGCCACCUCUAUCCUCCAGCACUGGGACUGGUCUGUUCAGACACGAGAAAGAAAACUAUGGACUACCUUUCCUUCUCUCCUCAAUUAGAGCAAACCCAAUGCAUGAGCUCCUUUGUUCCUACUUUUCCCUUUUAUUUUUGGAAGAUCUCUUGAGUACAUUAAGCAGCUCAGAAAGGUCACUGACGGUCCAUUGUUUAUUGCAUUUUUUGUUUUCUCUUUGUUAUGAUUUGACUGGUGAGGUGGUCGAGGAGCUUGUCAGUGUUGGAGGGCAAUCUAUACACACUCCUUAUAAAGUGGCCUUCCGGCUGACCCUCUGUCUCCACACGGGAAUAUGGUCACAAGCUGUUUUUUUCUAUUGUCCGUUCAACUGUUCAAUAUUGAUUUGCUUUUUAGGCUUGCUAUGAAAGUGAAUAUUACAAGGCUGAUAUUGUGUUUUGGCUACGGAGUUGAUUUAUACAGUGUUGAAAGCUUCAGUGUUUUUGGCUCUAGAGGAUAAAUGAGGGCAGGUUUCACUGCAUGUAGACAGACGCUAGGCCAAACCACCGAGUUUGACAUAUUGGUGCGAUAUGCUUCAUUUUACUGUUGCGUUCCUUAAGUCAAUUGCAAUAACUAUUAUACAGGUAAAGCUACCUGUUAUCCAUGCUCUGAUACAAUUUCCUCCAUGACCUUAUGCUGAGCUCAGUCAGGGCUUUCCGAGAUGUACCUGCACCAGGUGCUUGGAUGAUAUGUUUUCAGCUCAGGACAAUGGAACCUGAGAUUAAUGAAAUAUAUUAGAUCAUAUGUAGCAAUUAAAUAUUAGAUAAUAUGUAACAAACAAAACAUUUAGACUUGUAUGGGAAUACAAACUCUCCUUCAUCACUGCGUUGCCUCACAUCACUGCUCCAUAUAGACACUGACAUUCUUGGCAGUAAAGCUCAAUUUUACCAGAAAUAAAAUGUGUUUUUUAUUCUCUCCUGCAAAGCAUGAAGGGAAGUAUUUAGCUUGUGUUGUGCUGGCAGCAGUGGUAGCUUAUAUUACACUUCACCAAAAAGGGCACAUUUAUUCUGGUCUCACUGUGGAUUGAAUGACUAUCUAAACUAGUGAAGUACAAAAACCUCUCCCGGUCUCUCUUUCUCCCAUAGAAUACGGAAGAACACUAAUGUGCGGUCAGGCAACAGGAAAGGUGACACUAAAGAUAUUUAUGAGAAAAGGCAUCAGGGAGAGGAGAAUGGUAAUGUAAUGAAUAUCAUGUAGGAUUUCAUUUUCUCAUUAUUUAGAAUGCUCGCAAAGGUAGUGAAUGUAUUAUGUCGUAGUUCCAAAAUGCUUUAGUGUGGAUAAAGCAAAAAUAUAUAUUUUUUGUUUUUUAUCUCCCUAUGUUUUGCUGCCAUCUUUUCAGACAUUUGUUGUAAUACGCAUUUCAUAAAAGGAAUUGUAAAUAUUUGUUUUGAUUAUUCAGAGUUCAAUGUGUACAUUUUGAACACUUAUUGGUUUGAAUUUGGGGGAAAUAGGCCUUUUUUACCUGCUUGGGUUUUAAUACUAGAAGACAUCUCCUCUGGCCUUAUUUGUUGCGCAGGUUUUCAAAGAUCACUGCAAUGACGACAUGUGUAUGUCAAUGUCAGAAGAAAAGAUCCAGGCUAUGUCAUGGCUUUUUUAACAAUAUUGACGUUAUUGAAAUAAACCUCUUAUUGGCA